UCAGUCGGUCGGUGUGCUUUACAAUAGCGUGGAUGAAAGUAAAUGUUUACCAAUAUUUCAGUGCCGUUUAGACACCGAGAACAUGGCAUCAAGUAGCUAUAAAGCCUGUGGUCUCAGUCAGAGAGUGGCUGUGGUGAAGAUUUUGUUCAGGACUGUGAGUGCUGCUGCUAACCCACAGCCCAAAGCAGAUUUCCUUAAAGGAGAACCCCACAGGAAACAUCCUGGUAUGACCAGCCUGAAUACACUUCGGCUACCCCAGGAGCUCCAAGUUGCUGCACAGUCAGUCAUUCAAAAAGCUCAGGUGACCCAGCUUACUGAUCGCUGUCACAAACUCAUAAACUACUUGUGGAGUCGAAAGCGGAUGGUUGAGGACGUGACUCUGAGGCAGAAAGCAUUGGGUCUGGAGAAAGAACUCUGGGAGAAAGCCAUGCAGAAGAUGGGAGAUAUUGACGAGGAAGCGCUGAGGAAUCAGAUCAGGAAAAGGGUUCUCUCAGAGCUCAGACAAACUACAUAUCACUGGAAUUCCCUGAAGUAUGAUGAAGAGCUGGGGGUGGUGUACAUGGCCUCGCGGCUUGCUGGAGGUUUUGCAGCAGUGACGAGAGCUCUAAAUGAGAUAAAGAAGAGGGAUCCCUCAUUUGCUCCUCAAUCUCUCCUGGAUUUUGGGUCAGGAUUGGGAACAGUUGCCUGGGCAUCACACUUGCACUGGGGAGACUCUUUAAAAGAGAUGGUGUGUGUGGACAGCUCUGGGCCUAUGAGCGUUUUGGCUGAGCGACUUCUUAAAGGUGAUGAGGAGGAGGCUGAACCUCUUUUCAAACACGUCUAUUUUAGACGAUUUCUUCCCGUCUCUCCUAAGGUUCAGUUUGACUUGGUGGCGGCUGCUUUCACUCUGUCAGAGCUUCCCAGCGUGAAGGAGCGAGAAGAUGCUGUGAUCACUCUGUGGAGAAAAACAUCCUCCUACCUGGUUCUGGUGGAAAACGGAACCAAAGAGGGCCAUCAGAUGCUCAUGGACGCCAGAGACACUUUACUAAAGAAACAAGAGCAGAUUGUUCACGACCCCAGACCAGCAAGAGUGUUCGCCCCGUGUCCCCAUGAGAUGAUGUGUCCCAAACUGGCCCGAGAGCCCAUCACACCCUGCAACUUCCAGCAGCGCUACCAUCCUCUCCCUCUGUCAGGGCACCACGAAUGCCAAACGGAGAAGUUCAGCUACCUGAUUUUGAGCCGAACGGAACCGGCGCAGGAAGGGACAGAAGGUUUGGAAUGGGCCCGGCUUAUUGCGCCGGUGCUGUGCAGAACGCGACACGUCCACUGCCACAUGUGCUGCACUGAUGGACAGCUGCAGCACAAGGUGGUGACGGCACGGAAACACAGCCGAGAUGUGUACCGCUGCGCCAGGAACAGCGACUGGGGAGACCAGCUGCCGAUCAUUCUGAAGGUUGAAAAGGAUGCCGAAAGUGACUCAGAGUGAUGACUCUACCAAAAAUAAACAAUUUUUGAAUCCCAUAAAACAAAAAAAAUUUCAUCUAAUGACUCGUUUACUACAGAAUAGAAUAGAAAAAUUGUGUUUUUCCUCUCACCUCUUAUUAAAUCUAAAUAUUUACACUCUUGUUUUACUUUAAAAUGGUGAUGUUUUAAAGAUGUCACUUGAGUGAUGACUCUUUAGUUGUGGAGAAAAGACCUCAGAUGAAGUAUUUGGCAUUUCUUAAGUUUGAAUUUUAACUCAGGAGUUCAGGUUUCUUUUCAUUUUUCAGAGAGAAUCAAUACCUCUCUGGGGCUGAUUCAUUUUUUAAUGUUAUAAUUUGAUGCGUACCACUCUUCAUGUUGCUGUUCUAUGGUGUAUCUACAGUAUAUUUUUCCCAUCUGGCAUUAUACUUAAAGAAAACAAGCUUUGUAUUUUUUAAUAUUUGAAACAAACCAACAAAUUUCCUUUCAUUUGACAAAUGCUGCUUUUAAAGUUUGACAAAUUUAAGGUGGGAUGAAUAAAAAAGGUGACAGCACAACCAAAAGGUGGA